CGAGGCGGACGGCGACGACGAGGGCGAAGACGACGACAGCCUGUCGCAGCGCUCGGCCAUCACGGAUGAGUCGGAGAUGUACGACAUGACGCGCGGCAACCUGGGGCUCCUGGAGCAGGCCAUCGCCCUCAAGGCCGAGCAGGUGAGGGGCCCCCGGGGGCCGCCGGGGCGCCUGUCCGAGCAGCAGCACCAUCGCUUCUUCACCUUCGACGAGAGGCCCAAGCACCUGGACAGCCUGCGCAAGAGCUAUUUCAGCAAAGAUGUCCCUAGACCAGAGAAGAGAGAGAUCAAAUGCCCCACCCCAGGCUGCGACGGCACAGGCCACGUGACCGGGCUCUACCCCCACCACCGCAGCCUGUCAGGCUGCCCCCACAAGGACCGGAUCCCACCUGAGAUCCUGGCCAUGCAUGAGAAUGUGCUGAAGUGCCCCACACCCGGCUGCACAGGACAGGGUCAUGUCAACAGCAACCGCAACACCCACCGCAGCUUGUCAGGAUGCCCCAUCGCCGCAGCUGAGAAGCUGAACAAGGGCCACGACACGCUUCGCCCCCAGCCCAUGAGCGACCAUCCCAAAGGAAGCCCCAACUCUGACCGAGUACUCAGGCCCAUGUGUUUUGUGAAGCAGCUAGAGAUCCCGCAGUAUGGCAGCUACAAUCCCAAUAUGAUGUCCACCACGCCGCGCGCCAACCUGGCCAAGGAGCUGGAGAAGUACUCCAAGGUGUCCUUCGAUUAUGCAAGCUUUGAUGCGCAGGUGUUUGGCAGACGCCUGCUCAUUCCAAAGAUGCACACCAGCGAAACCUCACCCAAAGCCUUCAAAUCCAAACUCUCCUUCCCCAGAGCUCCCUCUCCCAGCCUCGUUCUGCACGGUGGCUUCGGCAAGAGCGUCCCCCCCGCCUACGACUACUCCCACGACGCCGAGGCCGCUCACAUGGCCGCCACCGCCAUCCUUAACCUGUCCACGCGCUGCUGGGAGCAGCCAGAGAACCUCAGCACCAAACCCAACGACAAGACUAUGGACAUUGAGGUGGAUGAGAAUGGGACCCUGGACCUGAGCAUGAAGAAGCCAGUGAAGUGUGAGGGCAGUCCCAGCGUGCGCUCGCCCGACCCCUCGUCCUCCUCCUCGUCCCACUAUGGCCACAGUGGCAUGACCUCGCCGCACUCUGCCCACACCUACAAGCAGGAGGAGUGGGAGGGCCCGCUGGACUACACCAAGCCCAACCGCCAGCGUGAGGAGGAGAUGGAGGAGAUGGAACACACCGCACAGUCGUUUGCCUCCUCCGACCAGGAGGACUGUGAGAUGAUGCAGGACAGCCUGGAGGACAGGAAGUACCCUGGAGAGGUCACAACCCCCAGCUUCAAGGUCAAGUUCCAGCCACCCAAGGAUGCCAAGAAGGAGUUGCUAGCGUGUCCCACCCCUGGAUGUGAUGGUAGCGGCCACAUCACUGGAAACUAUGCAUCGCAUCGCAGCCUAUCUGGGUGUCCUCUUGCUGACAAGAGUCUGCGGUCCCUCAUGGCAGCCCACACUCCUGAACUCAAGUGCCCCACUCCUGGAUGUGAUGGUUCUGGUCAUAUCACUGGUAACUACUCCUCACACAGAAGAUGCCCAGUGCCUGGCUGUGACAGCCUGGGUCACAUCAGUGGGAAAUACGCCACCCACCGCAGUGCCUACGGCUGCCCGCUGGCCGCGCGCCGGCAGAAGGAGGGCAUGCUGAACGGCACCCCCUUCUCCUGGAAGGCGUUCAAGACCGAGGGCCCCACCUGCCCCACCCCGGGCUGUGACGGCUCGGGCCAUGCCAACGGCAGCUUCCUCACUCACCGCAGUCUGUCUGGUUGUCCCAGAGCCUCCCUCGCCAAGAAGAAGACCCACCUGCCUGAGGACAAUUACCUCAGCACCAAGUUCAGAGCCAGCGAUGUCCUGGACAAUGAUGAAGAUAUCCAGCAGCUGAACAAAGAGAUCAAUGAGCUCAGCGAGUCCAACAAUGAGAUGGAGAAUGACAUGGUCAAUCUCCAAACGCAGAUCUCGUCCAUGGAAAAGAACUUGAGGAACAUCGAGGAGGAGAACAAGCUGAUCGAGGAGCAGAACGAGGCUCUGUUUAUGGAGCUGUCCGGCCUUAGCCAGGCCCUUAUCCGUAGCCUGGCCCACAUACGCCUGCCCCACAUGCGUGAGCCCAUCACCGAGCAGAACUUCGACAGCUAUGUCAACACACUGACUGACAUGUACACCAACAAGGACUGCUACCAGAACCCAGAGAACAAGGCCCUGCUGGAAACCAUCAACCAGGCUGUCAAAGGCAUCAAGGUCUGAGAGGGACGAGCUACGGCGAGAACAAAACAAGGGAAAAAGCGAAGAAGUGUGGCUACAAUAUACAUAAUUGGAGUUCUGAAUUGAAAAAAAGGGGGCAUUCAGGUUAUUUUCAAACGGCGACUUAAACCCGUCAUCCCAAGGAGUGUUCUGUGACACAGUCAGUAUAUGGCGAUGGUGAGAGUGAGGACCAAAAUUGCUAAAAGCUGCUGGCUAUGGAGAGUGAAGCAUGAGCAGUACAGAACCAAAUUGUUCAGUUUGAUUCACGCAGCAGCGUGUUUUGUAGAGUACAUCUUUUUAUUUGACAAGUGUUCUUUUUUUUUUUUUUUUUUUGCUUUUUUUUUUUUAACCCAUCGUCAUGAGCGAUGCUUGUUUUUCUUCGCUCAUCAAACAUGGUGGGCACCAGAUCAGGAAUGGACGUGUGCAAGCGAGGAGGAGUUACUUGAUGUCAGCAGUACCUGCCACCAGAAAGGCAAAAAGGUGCGAUGGUCCGUAUGUGCAUUAGGGAAGUAACUACUACGGGAAAAGUCAAUCAGCUUGCAGCGAACUGUCAAGUUUCUUUGCCAGUGUACAUAGCAAAUUGUUUGAAGGAAGUUAGUUCUGCAGUUGCAGAUCCACCUCAAGAGGCAGAACAACACCUGGUCAUGGCCCUAGGAUCCUAUUCACUUAAUCUCUCUGAAGUUACCGGGGACACAGAGAGAGAGAGAGAGAGAGAGAGAGAGAGAGAGAGAGAGAGAGAGUAGGAGAGGACAUGAAGAAAAAGGAAAGUAACAAAAAAGGAAAAAAAAGUGAUGGUCCUCGUAAAUGCACUGGAGGGAAACUCAUGCUGUCCACCUGAAGAGGAGUUCACACUAAAGCAUAUGACUUCCAGCCGCUUUUAGACCGCUGUCUCCUAGUGCAGUUCCAUUAACGCAGUCUUCACUUUUCCUGUAGGGGCAGACAUGAUACUCUAGCACCCCACAUCGCCUCUGUCCUUCAGGUUAUUGUCCGUGAUUAAAAGAAGAAUAGUUUAGCUGCAGCCACUAUAUUACAUGUUCCAUCCACUGACUCCAGUAUGGGAGGCAGACCUUGUAAAUACAUUUCAGUUCCAUUCAGUCAUAUCAAUGCUAUUUAUGAACGUUACACUGCACUUCAUCAUAGUUUAUAGUGUAAUUAUUAUUGGUAUAUAAAUUAUUUAAGAUCUCUAAAAGGAUCAUAUUGUAAUUUAUUUCUAUUUUAUUACUAUUUUAUUUGAAUGUUGCCUAUUUAUUUUUUAUUUUUAUCAGUUUUUCCUAUUUAAAAUUCCUAUUUAAUAAUGCAACGCAGCCCAUAGUUUUUUUUCUGAGGCCAUGGAAUAUGAGAUAUCAAUAUUUAAAAGAAGCUAUAUAAUGACCAACCACGCAUAAUUAUUUUGUAUAUCUUGUUUUCCUUUGAAGAUAGUUUUUUAACAUUUUUAAGUGCAAAUAUUUUUAACAGACAAAUUUUGAUAGUUUUAUAAAGUUCUUUUUUCAUCUUAUUGUUUCUGCUUUCUGACACCCAUAACUAAUGGAAGAUUCCAAAUUGUAUUUAUUAUUUAUUUAAUAUUUAAUAACUAAUUAACUGUGAUGUUGUACAUUUUGUAAUGUCUAUGUGUUUGUGAUGACUGGGUCUGAGUAGUCUUAAAACCUUGCUGACAUUUAAAUAAAGAAAAAAAAAUCUAUGGGGAAAAAAAGCAUAAAUAGUGUUUGAUUACCUGGGGAUCACUAGGCAGACCUACAGUUCUUCCUGGAAUUCAAAAAUUGGAAAACAAAAAUAAAUCCACAACAAAAAUCAAUUUUUAGUGCUGCAGAGGCUCACCUUUGACCCAGUUAAAAUGUCAGAAAAUGUUGUUUUCCCAGCAGAAACCUAACUGGAUAGAAAGAACCUAACAGUCCUUUAACAUCCUCAAGCUCACCAUUGCUGCCAAGAUCGCCUCACCCAAAACUUAGAGUUAAAUUGUACCAUUCCUUGAGAUUCGUAAUACUCCCACCCCUCUUGAAGCGCCAUCGUUACGAUCUGUCAGACAUGGCAGAGACAAUAAAGAGCAAACCAAGAAAGCAACUCAAACCCCCUGAGGAUGUUCCAGAGUCCUCAGGCAACUGAUAUCAGAUGCGUAUAUACCCUUGUAGCCUUAUUCUUCAGUUCCGUUGUUCACGCACAAAGUGCCACUAGCCCUCUUUCUUUAUCAUUCAACAGCUACCCUUGGGUCAUGUGACCAUGGCAUAGUCAGGAGUCUUGAUUGUUACAGAUGCCUUUAUACCGCCAAGAUGGCCAUAAAUACACUAUGUAUACACACUGUAUAAAAAAGAUUACGCUCUAUAUAUACAAAGAUAUAAAACAUACAUAUAUUUUUUCAGUGUAAUUGUUAACUCUCUUGUUGUAGCUUCUCAGAAGAAGAAACAAAAAAAAACAGUCCAAAAGCUGUGAUAAUAAUUUUCAAUAGGAGGCAAUUUGCAAACCACUAAUGGCCCAGUCAACUGUGCUUUAAGGAUAUAUGUGUACUUUGGUCAGUCAGAUUUCUAAAUUUAAAGAAGCCGGGAUUGUUUGUAUAGUUUCAAAUCCCUGUUUUUGUCAUCAGUCUACACAGGAUGCAACUGUGUCUAUUGUCAUAUCCCUUGUCAUUUGGUCAGGUGAUGACUUAAUCUGUUAUUGUGUGUUCCUUCUAAUUGAGUGCACAAGCAUGUGCAUAUGUUGUAGAUGCAGUUCACAGUGCACAGCAAGUACUCCAUGUUAGUAAUACAUGUACGUCCUUAACAUUGUACUGUGUUGUGAAAUUACAAUGGAAGAAACUGGAGUUUUGUCUCAGAUACUGAUCUCAAGCAUUAUGUCAACAAUGAAAUAUUAGAGAAAGGAAAAAAACAUGCUUUAACUGCAAGAAAACCCACGUGGUCCUCAGUUAGUUAGUGGCUUUGUGAAAAAUGGUGUAGAGUUAGGUACAAUGUAAGUCAUAGUUUCUUGACCAUAAAAUAGGUCUCCUUUGUGCACUUUUUAGUGUUUCCAAUGCCAGCAAUGAACCUAGGAUCCAAGGCAAUGAAACAGACAGGACGUGCUAAUAUGACAUCACUGGCCAUGAAUGAUAAAAUUGUGUAUGUAUGACCUGUAUAUUGUUGUUCAAUGUAAGUUUUUUCGCUGUCUUAGGUAUACAAUGCUUUUUGCCUCAGGUUCUUUGGGGUUUGAUUUAAUGGACAUUCAGAUGAACAUCAAAUGAGAAUGUACACACUGCGUAUUUGACACUUACCGACCAUCACAACCCUCUAGCAGUCCAAUUUAAAAAAAAAAACACACACAAAAAGCCUUCAUGCCUGCUCCGCAAAUGUAAGCAGUGUGUGAUUGGCAUAAAUUGGGAGCCCUGAAUUUGAAGUUUGAGAGUUUCAGUGCAUUCAAAAGAAGGAACUUGUCUCUCAAACUCAAAAUCAGUCAGGUCUGUUAUUUUAGUUUUUUGUUUUUGUCCUUCCUUGUUGUUUAUUUGUCCUUCUCAUGUAGGAAAAUAUGAGACCAGAUUCAAUUGAAGUCUUUUUUGUAGCAUUCCCUAAUCCAUAUAUGCUGCCCCUUAAUUGUUGUGCCAUUUAGGAAGUUGAUGACAUUGCAGUCAAUUUCUUCCAAUGAAAGCCUUUUGCCCUAUGGAAUUUGGAACCAAAAAUAUUUACUGUUCGGUUCACAAAGAAUAACCCUUAAUUAUUUUGGUGAUGCCAAUACCCCAUUCUUGUUAACAAUUCUCCCCUUUUGACAUUAUAAAAGCACCAAGCAUCUAAAGCGUUACUGCAUUAUUGGACAUGGCCACUAUCUGAUGGCACAGAGAAACCCAUAAGGCAUGAAUAAAACAAUGCCUGAUUGGAUGCUUCAAAGGGGUUAGCUUUGGUGAAGAUGAAUCGCGAAGAAGACUGCUGGUGCUUUCAUGAUGUCAUAUCACCACAUGUUGUAUUGAGUCACUUAGAGUCUAAAGCACUAUGCAGCGUUUGCCACUGCUUCCUGUUUCUCUGUUGGUUGCUCACUACGACCCUACUGGCUUUUUAUUUCACUUAACAGGCUGACAAUUGGGCUAUGGGCAUAGAUUACUCUAUGCCGUUGCACUAUACUUGACUGGAACAAAUGUAUCCUUCCUCUGAUGGCAUAUGUAUUAACAUAAUGGAUAAAACUUGUGUCUCUCUUUGGUCUGAUUGGAUGCACUAUGUGGUAUAGCUUAGCCUACGAUGGGGAUUCAAGUGGUGUCAAGCUCAUCAUGCUCUGCUUAAUAAUGGACAUUUCUGGAAGUCUGUGGCCAUGGAUCUGAUAUGGUCUCUUCAGCCAGAUUUAAAUGCACACCUAGGUGUCUAUACUUGAGUGUUCUAAAAUGCCAAAACAGUGGCAAAUGGACUAUCUAGAUAUAUAAAUGGACGUUAGCUACUCAUUUGAGUUUUAUGAAGCAUACACACACAAAACACAAAGAAGAAAGGCAUGUCUCUGACAAUAGUUUGUUCCAUUAAGCUGAUAUAACCAAAAUGGCCCUCAUAGGUACUGUAGCUUAUUGCUGUGUGAUUCAUCAUGUGUGCCUUUCUCAGUCCACUCACAGCAGGAAAGGGUAUGUUUACAUUUGGGAUCUAGGUUCAUAUCUCGCUCAGGAUGGAGGCGGGGUGGGGUUGGGGUUGGGGGAAUGUCUUAGGGUCCUGGAGGGGUGGGGGGGAUGGGAAUUUUGCUCGACACCGAAAAAAAAAAAAAACAGGUGAAUGAUGCCUGUCACUGUAGGCAAGUUCAAAAAACAUGUCAGUCUUUUACCAUUUAGACACUUUCAAUUUGUUUCAGAGACAUGAAACAUUCAUUUACAGAAGAUGUUUUCAAGUGACACAAGAAAAAAACCACACAAAACUGUGAUUUGAUCUUGUUAAUUCAGGUAUUGCACAGCAUGAGAAGCCAAGUGUCUGUGAAGGAAAGAUUGAAAUAAAAAUGAGAAAUACUAAACUGGAUGCAUAUGUGCAUAGGGCAUUACUGUGGCACCAGUGGGACUCUCUGUACAAAUUUGUAUUAAAGAACAGUGUUAUGGUUGUUGUAUUAAAGAAAAAAUGUUUAAAAAAAGUUUGUGAUGCCAUUCACAGCCAAGGUCUGUCCAGCUAGAGCAUUUUUACAGAGAUGAGCUAUUUUUACUGGUCAUUUUCUAGACAUUGGUAACGCUCUCCUUUAGGAAAUAAAAAAAAAAAUUGAAUAGGUUCUUCCAAAAUAAAAGAGCACUUCCACAGUGAUGGACUAUAUGGAGUUUAUUGUUCAUUUUUGUAGAGGGUGGUUGUUUCUUUGCUACUGUGCCAUUUUGUAGAGCAGGAUGGGCCUUGGCUGUGCGCAUACUAAGGUAUCUUUACAUUUAUUUUUUUUGUUGUUUAAUUUAUUUGCAUUUUUGGAAGUGACUACAGUAGUUGGGUCUGAAUUGUGACUGUGUUUGUGUACCUAUGUACCCGUGUUGCAGUGUCAGUGUUAAACCAGGAACAGUGGUGUCUGUUAUUGUGAUGGGGGGUGGGGGGUGGGGUAUAAUUCCUUUUAAUGUUAUCUAUUGAAAACAUUAAUAAAGAACAAAUACCAUUGA